AUGAUCUCCUCUACCCAUCUUUUGGUUUUUCAUCUCAAGAUUUUAGUUUCUGUUAAGAUUGAGAAUUCUCAUUUUAAUGUAGUUUCUUGGAACUGGAAAGCUCUUCAUAGUGAAUCAUUUUUUUGGAGAUUAGAAGAGAAGUUAAUUAACAAGCUGAAAAUUUGAGCCUUAUCAGCAUGGUUUUGGAAUCUUUGGGUGAAGUGGCUCCUGGACUGUAAUUUUGGGGUUUGCAGAUUAUCUUUCUACUUUGCAUUUCAAGUUUCUAACAGCAAGCCAUGGCUAAUAUUGGAAAAAAAGUCAAAGGAAGUUCUGAAUGCACUUGAUAUUGCCAAAACACAAUGGUAUCAUUUCACUGCAGUUGUGAUUGCUGGUAUGGGUUUCUUCACAGAUGCAUAUGAUCUGUUCUGCAUUUCACUAGUCACAAAACUACUUGGUCGAAUCUACUAUCACGUUGAUGGUUCUCCAAAACCCGGUUCUUUACCACCAAACAUAUCAGCUGCUGUAUUUAUGGGUAGUCUUGCUGGACAACUCUUCUUUGGUUGGCUUGGUGACAAAAUGGGUCGCAAACGGGUUUAUGGUAUGACCCUAGGUAUAAUGGUGGUUGCUUCUAUUGCAUCUGGUCUUUCCUUUGGUCACACACCAGGUACAGUUAUGGGGACUUUGUGUUUCUUCCGAUUUUGGCUGGGUUUUGGAAUUGGUGGUGACUACCCAUUAUCUGCCACCAUCAUGUCUGAGUACUCCAACAAGAAAACUCGUGGUGCCUUUAUCGCUGCUGUGUUUGCAAUGCAAGGUUUUGGAAUUUUGUCUGGUGGAGUGUUUGCCAUGGCCGUUUCUUCUAUAUUUGAAUUUGUUUAUAAAGCUCCUCCAUAUGAGGUUGAUGCCCUUGGUUCGACGGUUCCUCAAGCUGACUACGUUUGGCGUAUAAUUCUCAUGUUUGGCGCAAUACCAGCUGCAAUGACCUUCUAUUCGCGCUCAAAAAUGCCUGAAACUGCUCGUUACACCGCCCUGGUUGCAAAGGACGCUAAGAAAGCAUCUGCAGAAAUGUCAAAGGUACUACAUCAUGAGAUCGAGAUUACACCUUGGCCGCAAAUACUCGUGGAGCCAGAAAUAAUUGUGGAGCAAGAAAUAGUGGAGACUGAAACAGGAAACUCCUUCGGCUUGUUCUCGUUGCAAUUUCUUAGCAGACAUGGACUGCAUCUGCUUGGAACUACUAGCACUUGGUUUUUUCUGGACAUUGCCUUUUACAGCCAGAACCUCUUUCAAAAGGACAUUUAUAGUGCUGUAGGUUGGAUUGAUAAACCAAGAAAGAUGAAUGCCAUCGAAGAAGUGUAUUUCAUUGCAAGAUUACAGACCUUUAUUGCUUUGUGCAGUACUGUACCCGGUUACUGGUUCACGGUGGCAUUGAUUGACCGCAUCGGAAGGUUUUGGAUCCAGCUGGUUGGUUUUUUCAUGAUGACAGUUUUCAUGCUUGGCCUCGCAAUUCCAUACCAUCACUGGACGCAACCAGAGAAUGAAAUAGGUUUUCUUGUGAUGUAUUCCCUCACAUUCUUCUUUGCAAACUUUGGUCCCAACAGUACAACAUUUAUUUUGCCAGCUGAAAUCUUUCCAUCCAGGUUUAGGUCAAUUUUCCACGGUAUUUCGGCUGCUGCUGGCAAAGCAGGUGCCAUUAUAGGUGCAUUUGGUUUCUUGUAUCUGGCACAAGACAAAGAUCCGAAGAAAGCAGAUCCCGGUUAUCCCGCAGGAAUCGGUUUGAAGAAUGCACUAAUCGUGCUGGGUUUUGUCAACUUUUUGGGUAUGUUAUGCACUCUAUUGGUUCCUGAAUCUAAAGGUAAAUCGCUUGAAGAGAUGUCUGGAGAGAAACAAGAAGAAACAGCUUAGAUUUUUAGGAUAGCAUUCCUAUGUGAAAUAAGUUGUGGGUGUGUUGAGAAUUUUAACAUUUCAGCUUUACUAUUUAUUCUGUAUACUCCAUUUCAUCAUGCUUGCAUUUGUUUUGGUAGUAAAAACAUAUUCAUGACCUAUUCCUCAA